AUGUCAACUGAGCUUAAACUCAAUAUGGACGGGGUGUUUAAAGGCAACUAUAAAAAAGGCGGAAUUGGUGGAAUAUUUCGGGAUAAAUCUGGGAACUGCAUUCUAGGCUACAAAAUGCCCGCUUGUGGCUACACCUCUACCUACAUGGAACUUCCCGCACUGAAAAGUGGCCUACAAAUAGCAAAACAUCACAAUUUCCUUAGCUUAGAAUUUGAAACUAAUGCUACUGAAAUACCUCAACUGCUUUCCUAUAACAACUAUUCUCUCUACUCUAACCUUGUUAAUGAGUGCAAGUUACUACUGAAAGAACUGGAGAAUCCACUGAUCCGACAUAACUUCCGAGAAGGAAACAGACUUGCACAUGUUUUGGCAAUGGAAGGAGACAAGCAGCCAAGCAGCACUCCUUUAUCAGCAAUAUUUCACCCACCGGAUAUUUUUUGGAACUUGAUAUAUAGGAUGACAAAACUGGAACACCUACUGCUAGAUUAG